GGGUAACGGGCCCCGGGGCGUAGACGGCAGUAGCGUCGUCAUGGACCUGGAGGAGGCGAAAGAGUUCAGAGAACGCUGUACUCAGUGUGAUGCUGUGUCCUGGGGUCUUACUGAUGAAGGCAAAUAUUAUUGUACUUCUUGCCACAAUGUCACAGAAAGAUCUAAGGAAGUUUUAAACACUGAGACUAUUCCUAAUACUAAAAUACAAGCCAUCAACCGGGGACUUAAAAGAAAAAAAAAGCUCGAGAAAGGCUGGGACUGGUAUGUGUGCGAAGGUUUUCAGCACAUACUUUACCAACAAGCAGAAGCCUUAAAGACCCUUGGAGUGAGCCCAGAAUUAAAGGGUCAAGUUCUGCACAACCUUUGGCGGCGCUACCUGCAGAAGAGCAAGCAGGCGUACUGCAGGAACCCGGUUCGCGCCCGCAGGAGGACAGCGGCGGCCUUGGAAGACAAUCCAAGUCAUUCAGACUGGGACAGUGAGCCUGAGCUGCUCAGCGACUUCAGCUGCCCCUCCAUCGCCGGCAGUGCGGCGGAGUCUCAGCCUGAUGUCCGCGCUCGGAAGCCUUUCCCCACCGGCAGAGCAUCACAGUCAGAUAUGUCCUCCGCGUGCUCUGGCUCUCUGGAUGGCGUCGAGUAUUCGCUCCGGAAGGAGAAGGGGACCGUGAAGAUGACCGUGCCCGGGACGCUGGCCCUCUGCGCGCUGUCGCUGCUGUGGCAGCGAGAGGCCCUUGCCCUCUCAGACCUCCUGAGGCUUGUCGAAGAGGGCCACAUUCCUUACGUGAAUGCUUUCCAGCACUUUCCGGAAGAGAUGAAGCUGUACGGGCGUGACAAAGGGAUCUUCACGGUGGAGUCUUGGCCUACCUACGAGGAUAUCUAUAAAAAAAUGAUCGAAGUUGCCAUAUUUUUGGACCUGCCUCGUUUCCCGGACAUAACUGAAGAGUGCUACCUUCAUCCGAACAUCCUGUGUAGGAAGUACCUCAUGGAAGUCAACCUCCCUGAUGAAAUGUACAAUUUCACCUGCCAGGUGGUAAAAAUGGCCGGAAUAGGAGAAGUGGAUUUUCUGACAUUUGAUCCUAUAGCUAAAAAGAAAAACACUGUUAAAUAUGAUAUUCAGGCUGUCGCUGUCAUUGUCAUAGUGUUGAAGCUGCUCUUUCUAUUGGAUGACAAUUUAGAAUGGUCUUUGUCUACUAUUGCGGAGAAAUAUAAUGAAGAGAAAAAAGAAGCUAAGCCAUGGUUUGAUUUCAGAAAAUGGUACCAAGUUAUGAAGAAAUCCUUUGAUGAGAAAAAACAAAAAUGGGAGGAAGCCAGAGCCAAGUACGUGUGGAAAAGCGAAAAGCCGCUCUACCACUCCUCCAUCGACAAGUCAGUGGUGUAUAAGAGAAGGGAAAUGGUGGUCAAUCUACAGAAACAGUUUAGCACAUUGGCUGAUUCGACACCAACUGUUGCAAAAAGAAGUGCUUCGAGUUUUCAGUUCAGCUGGACUGAGGGAGACCCGGCUGGAACCUGCUUCCACGGACACAGCCUCCAGGGGGCCCUGGAGAAGCGAGGACCAUCGCUGACGACCAGGAACCCGCUGUACUGGCUCAGCACGCAGAAGUUCUGCAAAAGCUACUGUAAGCAUGUGACGACCUAUGAAGAAUCAAAUUUUUCCCUGAGUUACCAAUUUAUACUAAAUCUCUUCUCCUUCCUGCUAAGAAUAAAUGCCUAUUUCCUCCAUGAAGAAGUGAGCUUAAUUGAAAAGAGACUUUUUAAAACAAAGUACAGUCAAGCAAAAAAGAAAUCUUCAAGAUCCAGGAAAGUGAAAAAAUGACAAACUUUCUUGGGAAAAUAUUUCACUAGUGACAGUAAUGGCAAACUGUAACAUAACAUUCUAGAGAAUUAUGGAAAAUAGAAUUUUUUGCAUAUGUGUCCAUGCAUAGACAUGCAUACAUAUAUAUAUGUAUCAAUUGUGCUUAUAAAGUGUAUAUUGGAAAACAAGUGA